AAAGAGCAGGUAUGAAUGAAGAGGGUGGAAGGUUGGUGACGCAAAGGAAGCAACAGUAACAUCAUCGAAGAGCAGCAGCAAAAUAGGAUCAGAUAAGAUUGAUCCUUCACAUUUCCCGAUACGGACAGCCCAAAAUCACCCCUUUUUAAGUUUUAACUACAAGACCUUCUACGUUACUCCUCAUUUUCUCGUGCCCAACUGAAGCUAACGAAGAUGCAGCCCUCUACUUCAGAAGCCAACGAACGAAUUGCCAGAAUUGCAGCUCACCUUCGCCCUCCUACGCUUCAGAUGGAAGAAGAUUCGGGUUUGAGGCUGGUGGAUUGCCGGGCGAAAGGUGGGUCCUCGGGGUUUAAGGUUGCGAUACUGGGGGCUGCAGGGGGCAUAGGGCAGCCAUUAGCCAUGUUGAUGAAGAUGAAUCCACUGGUUUCAGUUCUUCAUUUAUAUGAUGUCGUCAAUACCCCUGGUGUUACCGCUGAUAUCAGUCACAUGGACACUGGUGCUGUGGUACGUGGGUUUCUGAAGCAAACUGAAUUGGAGAAUGCUCUCCACGGUGUGGACCUUGUGAUCAUUCCUGCUGGUGUCCCUAGAAAACCAGGAAUGACUAGGGAUGAUUUGUUCAACAUCAAUGCAGGAAUUGUCAAGAACCUUUGUGAAGCAAUUGCAAAGUCUUGCCCGAAUGCUAUCGUCAACUUGAUCAGCAAUCCUGUCAACUCCACGGUACCUAUUGCGGCAGAGGUCUUCAAGAAAGCUGGAACUUAUGAUCCUAGGAAGCUUAUGGGGGUUACAAUGCUUGAUGUUGUCAGAGCUAAUACUUUUGUGGCGGAAGUGUUGGGUCUUGAUCCAAGGGAUGUGGAUGUUCCAGUGGUCGGGGGUCAUGCAGGAAUUACAAUUCUACCUCUUCUAUCUCAGGUUAAACCUCAUUUGUCUUUCAAUCCAAAAGAGAUCGACUACUUAACUGAUCGUAUUCAAAAUGGAGGAACUGAAGUUGUUGAGGCAAAAGCUGGAGCUGGUUCUGCAACAUUGUCAAUGGCCUAUGCUGCUGUUAAAUUUGCGGAUGCAUGCCUCCGGGGUUUGAGAGGAGAUUCCGACGUUGUCCAGUGUGCUUUUGUAGCUUCUGAAGUGACUGAACUUCCCUUUUUUGCGACCAAAGUACGGAUAGGCCGUAGUGGAGUUGAGGAAAUUUACCCUCUUGGGCCCUUGAAUGAGUAUGAGAGGGUUGGCUUGGAGAAAGCAAAGAAAGAAUUAGCAGCAAGCAUUCAGAAAGGAUUUUCCUUCAUCAACAAAUAAGAGGUUUCCAGAUCUCUAGAAGUUCUUUUCAUACUUUAUUCUCUCCAACACCAUAGUUCUUUUAAUUAAGUGCAGUCCAUCUUGUACUGAAACUGGGUUUCCGUGUGCAACUGUCAUCGCCAUUUUCAUUUGAAAAGGACCAAUCAAUAACAUUAAGCACUUUGUAAACCAGGAACAGGUCUGUUUUCUAUAUUAGUUAGAUACUUUAAAACAAGUUCUGUAU